AACCUUUUCAUCACAAACAGAAAAAUCCACCAUCCCCCCACUCUCUCUCUCUCUUUCCUAUCUCACUCCGUCACCGCCCACUUUUUCGAAUUCUGUUACUGUCGGGAUCCACAAAAAAAAAAAAAUCGAAAGAGUGAGUUGAGAGAAUAUCGGACGUUACUCGUAUUAAUUAGCGAAAUACUAAUUACUAUAAUCAAUAAUAAAUGAAAAAAACCGGCCUUUUUUUGUAAUUCCAAUUUCGCUCGCUCUCCUCUCUCUCUCCUAACAAACAAAACGACGUCAACUACAGAGAGAGAAAGAGUGAGAAACUCACGCGAAGAGAAAGAAACACAGAGAGAGAAAGAAAUCUUUAUAACUGAUUUUCUGAUGGAUUCGAUUUCGGAGGUUCAGAUCUUGGAGAAACCCUAGCCAUUUCGCUCAAGAUUCUCUCUCUCUCAUCCAAGAACGCACUUUGCUCUCGUUUUCGGUAUCUCCGGCAUCCAUUCCGAUCCUCAAUUCGCUUGCUUUCAUCAAGAAUCCGGCCGUAAUUCGCCAUUGUCUUCUCCGAUCGAUGUUCACGGCUCCUUGUUCAUCCGAUUGCGGUUUCGGAUAACUUUCUCGUUGGUUUCCGAUUGCCGGCGGAUUUUGUUGCAUUUCCUGUUUUGGAUUUGCCUCGGAACGGGUUUUUGGUGUUGCUCGGUUCUGGUUUUGGCCGAGAGUUGAAAUAUUAGAGGUUUUUGUCCAAUGUUCGGGCAGUUCGUAAUCAGAUUGUAGAUUAAGCUUGUUUUCCUGUUGAUUUGGCCUGUUUUUUAUGUGUAUUUGUUUUCGCUGCCGUUUGUUUGGAGUUCUGGAUCGUUGAGGACGAGUUCCUUAGGGUUUUGUGAACUUGAUGUUGAAAGUGUAAUAAUAACAGAAAGGAAUAAUGGAUGAGAGAGGAGGUGGCGGCUCAUUCGUUGCUGUGAGGAGGAUUUCUCAAGGUCUGGAUCGAGGCAGCACUUGCCAUUCAACUUCUGCCGAGGUUGUGGCAGGAUCUGCUGCAUGGCUUGGUCGAGGUCUUUCUUGUGUGUGCGCACAGAGGAGGGAGAGUGACGCUCGUCCUUCAUUUGAUUUAACCGCCAGCCAAGAGGAAUGCUUGCAAAGACUUCAAAACCGAAUAGAUGUUUCCUAUGAUAGUUCAAUCCCUGAGCAUCAGUCUGGAAAGAUGAGUCACAUUCUUUCUUUGUGCUAUUCUGCUUUGCUGCAGGAAGCUCUAAGGGCUUUAUGGAAUGCUGCCUAUCCUGAGGAAGAACUUCGUGGAUUAAUAUCUGAGCAAUGGAAGGAAAUGGGAUGGCAAGGGAAGGACCCGUCAACAGAUUUUAGGGGUGGUGGAUUUAUAUCGUUGGAGAAUUUACUGUUUUUCGCUAGAAAUUUUCCGAAAUCCUUCCAGGAUCUCCUGCGAAAGCAGGAAGGUGAUCGAUCAGUGUGGGAAUACCCUUUUGCUGUGGCUGGUGUGAACAUCACAUUCAUGCUUAUCCAGAUGCUUGAUCUUGAAGCAGUAAAACCACGAACACUGGUUGGAGCGACUUUCUUGAAGUUUUUAGCAGAUAAUGAGUCGGCAUUUGACCUCCUUUAUUGCAUCACAUUCAAGCUGAUGGACCAUCAAUGGCUCACUAUGCGUGCAUCAUAUAUGGAUUUUAAUACGGUGAUGAAAGCCACACGUCGACAGGUUGAAAAGGAGCUUCUGAAUGAAGAUGUGCUACGGCUUGAAGAGUUGCCAUCAUACAGCCUUCUUUCUCGGUAGUAUUGAGGUACCUGAAAGUGUCGAGACAGCUCGAAAGUAACGCUUCUAUUUCUAACUAGAUGGUAUUUGUACAUGAUUAAGGCGCUUCUUGACAAAUCUCCUGAUUGCUUCUCGAAGGAAAAAAAAAAAGGUUUAGUUUCCUGAGUUUGUAAGGUCAAAAGUUUGGUGUGGAUUUGAUUUGGGUUUUAAUUUCAGAAUUAGGUGGAAAACAUGGCACGACAUGUCAAUAUAUCAUAGUAUCAAAUUAGAGGAAUGUGGAAUGUUUUCCGUUCUGGAUCUGAUAUGAGUGCUUUAGGAAGUCCUAUGAUUUUGAGAACUAAUUCUACCCGUAUUUUCGAGAAUGUUUCUGAGGCUGAUGAUUAUAGGUUAUUCUCCUCAGAUUGGUUAUGGAGAUAAAAUUGGAAAUCUUAAGGUUAUGUUUGGUUUUAACGGCGAAAACCAUACGCCUCAAUUAUCUGUUGCGUUUGAGACUUUGAACCUAUAAUUUUGGAGAUUUCAGUUGAAGGAUCAAACUGGUAUGUCAUCGUAUGUCACCUUUGUGGCGUUUCUUUUGGCAGCGUAGGUCAACUACUUGUGCGAAUUGUAGUUAAGUGUGUGACUUGAAAUAUGUAUGAACUAAUUAAUUUAAGUAGACUAGUGAGCACUUUUCCUGCCACCAACUGUUUGGAA